AGAUGGGCGUGGCCGACGCCUCUCAAUGGGCUGGCCAUGCCGGGCUUCUCCCGGGAGCUCGAGGCGCGGCCCUUGGCAGUGCGCAUCUCUGAGGCCGGAAGAAAAGCGCUGAAAGCGCAGGCUAGAUUUCCAGCCCAGGUGCAGGCUGCGGGGCCGCCACUUCCGCUCCGCACGGUGCAAAGCCCUCGCCUCGCGACCGGGACGCCUCGCACUGCCACGGCAGAGCGGCCUCCUAGAAGCAACGAGGUUCGCAGACAGGCCGAUGAUGCCAAGGCCGAGGGGCCAGCGAAGAUCUCGGAUCUCUUCGAGUCCUGCAAUUCAGUGGCCGAUGCGGAGACGGCCACAGGGUCCCGGGCCCUGUCCAAGAGCUCGGAGGAGCAGGCGCCGUUCGUCAGGCGCAGGAGGCCCCACAUCCUCCCGCAGAUUGGACCGCCGCUGUCUGAGGCGCAAGCUUCUGCGCCCGCAGCGAAAGGAGCGAUCCCGGAGUUCCAGAGCCCCGGGAAGAUGAACUUCACAGCCUUCCGCGCCCUGUGCGGGAAGAGGUCGGAGAAUGGCAGUCCGAGCCCGACCCCAGGCGGCGGGAUUCGGCGCUACGUCUGCUUCGAGGAGGUAGCGCCCAGCAACACCUGCGUGUCCCUGGUCCGUGGUCUGUCUCCCGAAGGGCGGCCGGUGGUGAUCAAGAAGCUGAAGCGGAUCUUCUUCGGGUCCCGCGAAGAAGAGCGGGAGUGGAGCAGAUCUUGCCGCGCCUUGAUGGAGAUGGAGCCCCAUGAGAACUUGUGCCAGGUGCUCGAUCUGGUGGAGGAACGCGACGGCUUUCAGGUGGUCAUGGAGCAGGUGGAGGGCGUGGACCUUUUCACCCUGCUCCAGAGUGGCGGGCCCCUGACCGCGGAGCACGCGAGCAGAGUGCUCGGCGACCUCCUCCGCGGUCUUGCGGCAUUGCACGAGCAGAACCUCGUGCACCGCGACAUCAAGCUGCAGAACGUCCUGGCCAAGCAGGACUUCCAGGCCAAGAUCAUCGACUUCGAUACGGUUCAAAACGCCUCAGUGCCGAGCCUCUACGGGGCGACUGUGGUGGGCUCAGACCAAUACAUCGCGCCAGAGGCCUAUGACGGACACUUCUCGCCGGCCUCAGACAUCUUCGCGGUGGGGGUACUGGCCUUCGCUCUUUGCCACGGCCGCUUCCCCUUCUCGCACAAGCUCUUCGACGAUGAGCCCGGCGAGAACUUCGUGGGCUCGGUGAAGAUGGCGGAGAUCUCGGCCCGGCUGCUGCAGGCGAAGAUCAACUGGGCCGCGGAGGAGAGUGCGAACGACUUCUGCCAGCAGUUGCUGCAAAUGUCCGCGGAGAAGAGGCCUACUGCGCGGGAGGCGUUGCAGCACCCCUUCCUCGCUAGGACCGGCGAGGCCGAGGCGGAAGGGGGCAGCGGAACCGUUGCGAGUCUUUGACUCACAGGGUUGGGAACUGGAAAGGCCGAGGC